AUGACAGAAUUAGAUUCAAAAACGGGUAAAAAAGAUAAAAAGUUGUCACAAAUUUCUGAUGAAACUCCAACUAAAUUGGAUAGUAACGGUAAAACUGAAAUACAACAAAAAGUAGAUGAUUUUCUUUUAAUUAUUUCAAAGAAACAAAAAACUGUAGCUGAACAAUUAAAUUCAGAAUAUGCACGACAAAUACUUCAAAAUCAGUUUAAGCUAUGUUCAAUUGUAAAAACAAUUAUACUGUGUGGUCGGUUAGAAUUAUCAACAAGAGAUAAAAAAGAUUAUGGUAAGAUUAAUACUACUGUGAAAGAUAAAUCUGAAGGAAAGGUCCGCGCCCUUUUAAAAUUUAGAGCAAAUGCUGGCGAUGAAAUUUUAAAAGAUCAUUUAGAAACUGGGGCAGCAAAUGCACAAUAUACAAGCGCAAAAACGCAGAAUAAGCUAAUUGAAAAUUGUGGUCAAGUAAUUACUGAACAAAUAGUGAAUAAAAUAAUCAGGGUGAGUUUUUUUUCCGUAAUGGCCGAUGAAACUACCGACAUAGGGAGACUCGAACAAAUGUCAUUAUGUGUUCGAUAUAUUGAUCCUGAUAACGAAGUUCCAACAAUCCGAGAAGAUUUUUUAAACUUUGUUGUUGACUCGGAUUUAAGUGGUUCUGGUUUAGCAUCAGUUAUUUUAGAAAACCUAAAAAACCAUGGUAUUAUUUUAGAGAAAAUGGUCGGGCAAGGGUAUGACGGCGCAGCAGCAAUGAGUGGCCAUUUAAAUGGCGUUCAAUCCAUAGUUAGACGCACGUUUCCAAGAGCUUUAUAUGUACAUUGUAGUGCGCAUUCAUUAAACUUAGCAAUUAGUGAUGCAUGCAAAAUAUCGGCUAUUAGAAAUUGCGUAGGAAGUGUUUCAAGUGUUUGCACUUUUUUUCGGGGCUCAGCUCAGCGAACUGAAGUUUUAAAAAAAUGUAUACAAGCACAAACUACAUUGUUGACCAAUAUUAAAAUGACACUUGUAACAAUGUGUGAAACAAGAUGGGUUUUAAGACAUGACUGUAUCAAACGAUUUAAAGAAAUGUUUAUUCCAAUUGUUAAUGCAUUAGAACACUUGGAAAAAUCAGUGAAUAAAGAAACAUCAACUACAGCUCAUCAACUUUCAAGAGUUAUAUUAAAUGGGCCGUCUAGAGAAUGCUUAGAUUUACAUAUUUCUGUAUUACCAGAUAGUGGUGCUUUAAAAGAAGAGUUCUUGCUAUGGAAAACGAAAUGGCUGAAAAUAAACAAAAAUGAAAGACUAUCAAAUGCAUUACAACUUCUUUCUGAAUGUAAUGGUAUAUUUUACCCAAACAUAACAAAAAUGUUAGAAAUAUUGGUAACUCUUCCGGUAUCAACUGCAACAGCAGAUCGUACUUUUUCAAGUCUACGCCGCAUUAAAACAUACUUGAGGUCAACAACAAGUGAAAGUCGACUGCUUGGUUUAGCUCUACUUUCAAUUCACAACAACAUACCAGUAAAUCCAGAUGAAAUUUUAUCAAAGUUUGCAUCAGUAUCAAGAAGAAUGGACUUUAUUUUAUAG